GAGAAAGGGAGUCAGGGAGAGGAAAGAGCAGACGUGGAGGGAGGGAGAGAGAGAAGGGGAAAAGGGAAGAGACUGAGCAGGAGAGACAGAACCAGAUAGAAACUUUGGACAUACAUACAGUUCAAGAGGAAAAAGAUUUGGAGAGACACAGAAAGAUAAAGUGAUAUGGAAGGGAGAGAGAGAAUGAGUGAGUGAGAGACUGAGAGAGACAGAUGAGAGAGAGAGAGAGAGGCUGCAGACCAUCUAGAGUGAAGAGACCACAAGAAGGAGGACCUUCAGACCAACAGGCAGAGACAGAAAGUGUUUGAAUGAGCAGGUGGGAAGGCAGAAGGGCCUUCAAGAGGUAGCAUCUAGGAGACAGAAGGGGACUGAGUGGACGCUGUCUCUCCUCUAGCCCCCUGCCCUGCCCCCCUGUCGUGGGGACCCCGACCUGCCGUCCAUGGAGGAGGGCAGACCCCGGAGCAGCCUCAGCCGGGGCAGCAGCGCCUCCACCAUCUCGUCGCUCAACAGCCUGAGUGCCAAGAAGCCCACCCGUGCAGUAAGCAAGGUGCACGCCUUCGGGAAGAGGGGCAAUGCUCUCCGAAGGGAUCCCAACCUUCCAGUGCACAUCCGAGGCUGGCUUCACAAGCAGGAUAGCGCUGGACUCCGGCUCUGGAAACGCCGCUGGUUCGUCCUCUCCGGCCAUUGCCUCUUCUAUUACAAGGACAGCCGCGAGGAGAGCAUCCUGGGCAGUGUCCUGCUGCCCAGCUACAGUAUCAGGCCGGAUGGGCCAGGGGCUCCCCGGGGACGGCGCUUCACCUUCACUGCGGAGCACGCGGGCAUGAGGACCUAUGUCCUGGCGGCGGACACCCUGGAGGACCUGCGGGGCUGGCUGCGGGCUCUGGGCCGGGCCUCCCGUGCUGAGGGGGAUGAUUGUGGACGACCCAGAUCACCUGCCCGCCCCCAGCCUGGGCAGGGGCCCGGAGGGCCUGGGGGUCCGCCUGAGGUGAGACGAGGGGAAGAGAGACACAGCUCAGAAUCUCCUGAGAUAGUUCGACUCUCCAGAGGUCGAGGCCGACCAGGGCUGCUCACUUCCAGCCUCACUGCUGAUCUCCAGUCUGGACCCCGGAUUCGGAGGACGAGGAGCCCAGACCUGUUCGCACCCCUCUCUCGUCCUCCUUCUCCUCUGAGCCUCCCUCGGCCCAGUUCUGCUCCUGCACGCAGAUCCCCUCCUUCUUCAGGGGACACAGUCGCCCCUGCCAGACCUCACACUCCCUUGAGUCGCAUCGAUGUCCGGCCUCCUCUGGACUGGGGUCCCCAGCAACGUCAGACCCUCUCCCGACCCCCUACUCCCCGCCGAGGCCCCUCCUCUGAGGCUGCCGCAGGAAAACCCCCCAAGAGUCCUCAACACUGGACACAGGAGGCCAGAACACAGGUGCCCUCAGGAUCCUCCACAUAUCUCCAGCUCCCGCCCAGACCUCCUGGGACCCGGGCUUCCAUGGUUUUAUUGCCGGGUCCCCCCUUGGACUCCACCUUCCACCAAAGUCUGGAGACGGAUACGCUGCUGACCAGGUUGUGCGGGCAGGACCGGCUGCUGCGGCGGCUGCAGGAGGAGGUGGACCAGAGACAGGAGGAGAAGGAGCAGCUGGAAGCAGCCUUGGAGCUGACCCGCCAGCAGCUGAGCCAAACCGGCCGGGAGCCCCUGGCGCCGGGCACGGCCUGGGGUCGCCAGCGCCUCCUGCAGGACCGGCUGGUCAGCGUGAGGGCCGCGCUCUGCCACCUGGGCCAGGAGCGAGAGCGGGUCUGGGACACGUACAGCAGCCUGGAGCAGGAGCUGGGCACCUUGAGGGAGACGCUGGACUGCCUGCUGCACCUCGGCUCCCCGCAGGACAGAGCAUCUGCUCAGCACCAGCUGUGGAUGGUGGAAGAUACACUGGCAGGUCUGAGGGGUCCCCAGAAACCACCUCCCAACACGGAGCCUGACUCCCCAUCCCCUGCACUUCAAGGAGAGGAGUCCUCAGAAAAGGAGAGCCUGCCAGAGUCCUUGCAACUGGGCUCCCCUCGCUCUGCCGACGCUGACUGGGAGAAGCCGCCAGGGGGCGACGGAGACCUCGCCGGCCCUCGUUCAGGUCUCAGGUCUCCAAGGAUCCCUCGGGCUUCCAGCCCUGAGGUGCGCCGCCCCCCUUCCCCACAGCCUGGAACCAACAAGGCCCCCCUGGCAAGGCCCCGGAUGAGCGCCCAGGAGCAGCUGGAGAGGAUGCGCAGAAACCAAGAGUGUGGACGGCCCCUCCCUCGCCUGGCGCCCUCUGGGCUCCUCACCCUGGGCCGGACACUGUCCCCAGCCCGGCACCAGCCAGACAGGGACCAGAGGACUGUUGCAGGACAUUCAGGAGCCCAGAAAUGGCUCAGAAGCUCGGGCUCCUGGAGCAGCCCAAAGAAGGCGACUGCUUAUCUGCCCACACCCGAAGGUCACCGGGAGCGAGUCCUGAGCCUCUCGCAAGCCUUGGCUACUGAAGCUUCGCAGUGGCACAGAAUGAUGACGGGCGGAAAUGUAGACCCAGGAGGCGACCCUCUCCCCCCUGCGCCUUCGCCUCCCUCAGACCCCAAGCCCCGGGUGACCUCGCCCCCGAGAUCUCCGGUGACCAGCUCCCGCCCCAGCGGCUUCUCCGGCCGGGGGAGUGAGCGCACGUGGGACGCGGGGAGCCCCCCGCCCGCGCUGCCCCACGAUGAGGGGGCGUGGCCUCUGCGAGUCACUCUGUUGCAGUCGAGCUUCUGAGCAGCCAACCGCAGCCCGAGGGCGUGGCCUGGAGCGACUCUGGAGACGGGGGCGUGGCCUGGGGCGACUCUGGAGACGGGGGCGUGGCCUGGACCCUUUCGGGGGCGGGGAGUGGGCGUGGCCUGUCGGGCCAAAGUUUGGCUUACCGCUUGUCCACCUUUGGAUUAAAACUUUGAACUUUUAGUAAA